CUGCAGCUUCGUUACAGACACACUGGUGGUGAUCUUAACGAAGAGCAAUAUGCCGCGCAUCGGAGGAGUCAGCGACACCGAUUGGUCAGAGCUGGUGACGCGACGCGAACGAGCUUCAUGUCGGUUUGGCAGAACCUCCUGAUCAGUGACUUGCAAUCCUACUCUAAUUUACUUCCGCUCCCCCAUUCGACAUUCCGCCGUUACGAGACCCAGCGACCUAUCUCGCAUGUGUCGACGAUGCGCACUUCCCGAAUUGCCCGCGACACAGCCAGACUCGCUGCAGCCGCGCAAACCCGUUCAUUACGUCAAUCACGCUCAGCUACGAACCCAUCAAUCCAAAGCUCGAGCGGUCUCAAUCUGUCUGCCACGGAAGGCAAACAGCGCGAGUCAGACUCUUUUGUCCACCAUGCUUCUUCACAAUCGGAAUCGGAACUGAGCUCGGCACCCGACUCAGACUCAGACUUUACGGGCAUAGUGACGGCAGCUCCAAAUAAGAAACGCAAACGUGGUCAGGCUGGCGCAGUUGUUGUGAAGCAGCAAGUCAAGGAGACAACCACCGCAAAUAUAUCCCCGCCACAGAAGGCCGCAAAAUCGAAAAAGCCCCGUCGUAUUCCGGCAAAAAAGACAAAGACGGUAGAUGGCAGUUUUAAAACUGAGCCACCACCCAACUGGGAGGAGAUCUACGCUCUUACAAGAGAGAUGCGCAAUGAGAACAUUGCUCCUGUAGAUACGAUGGGCUGCGAGAGUCUUGCAGACCGCCAUGUAAGCCCACGCGAUCAAAGGUUCCAGACCUUGGUUGCUCUGAUGUUGUCAAGCCAGACAAAGGACACCGUGACCAGCGUCGCCAUCAAGGGAAUGCAGGAUAACAUGCCAGGAGGUUUCUCACUCGAAUCGGUCCUAGCUCUCGAACCUCCCGCCUUGAAUGCCUUUAUCAACAAAGUUGGUUUCCAUAACCUCAAGACAAAAUACAUUAAGCAAACUGCCGAAAUUCUCCGCGAUCAAUGGAAUUCGGAUAUCCCCGAUAGCAUCCAAGGGUUGACUUCGUUGCCUGGAGUCGGGCCCAAAAUGGCCUACCUGUGCCUCAGCGCAGCAUGGGGGAGGACAGAAGGGAUUGGUGUUGAUGUUCAUGUGCAUCGCAUUACCAACUUAUGGGGGUGGCACAAAACAAAACAACCCGAAGAAACAAGAGCUGCUUUGGAGUCCUGGCUGCCCAGAGAGAAGUGGCAUGAUAUCAACAAUCUGCUGGUAGGCUUCGGACAGACAAUAUGUUUACCAGUUGGGAGACAGUGUGGCAAUUGCAAACUUUCCGAUCGAGGACUCUGUCCGUCGGCAGUUAUAGCCAAGUCGGCUAGGAUCAAACAAGAGCAGGCUGUGUUGAAGGUAGAGAGAUCAGACGGCGAGGAAACUGUGUGGAGUAAAAAUAUAGAACCAACAAAAAAAACCGUGAUAGCCAGCGGGCCCGCAGUCAAAACUGAGGAGGUAGAAGACAUCGAAGACAUAGGGAAAACAUCAAGGCGGUCGUCUCGCAGGAUCGCGUAA